CACGGCCACCUGGCCGCCGGACUCAGCAAGGACGGGCAGGACGGCUUCGGCUUCAUCCGGGAGCUCCAGUCCAGGGGCUGGGACAGCUCCCGUCGCUCUUCGUUCCGCCGUACCCUUCUCCACGACAGCGGUCCGGCAUGUUUUCCAGGGCCCAGGUGAGGCGGGUUCUGCAGCGGGUGCCCGGGAAGCAGCGACUCGGCGUCUACAGGUUCCUGCCCUUCUUUUUUGUCCUGGGAGGAACGAUGGAGUGGAUCAUGAUUAAAGUGCGCGUGGGCCAGGAGACCUUCUACGAUGUCUACCGUAGAAAAGCCUCAGAAAGGCAGUAUCAGAGAAGGCUGGAAGAUGCAUCAGAGACUGAACUUCAGCAGUCAAUAAAGCGAUGAAAAGUGGAUACUGUACUAUAAUGUGGAACAGAAGAGAUCGUGGGGCAAGCUAAAUGAACCACCACCAACCAACCAAAGGCCGGUCUUCAUCCAAAGAAGGUGAUGUUGUAUAUACGGUGGGAUUGGGAGGGAGUCCUCUAUUAUGAGCUCCUUCCAGAAAACAAAACGAUUAAUUCCAACAAGUACUGCUCCCAGUUAGACCAACUGAAAGCAGCACUCGACGAAAAGCAUCCGGAAUUAGUCAACAGAAAACGCAUAAUCUUCCAUCAGGAUGACGCAAGACCGCACGUUUCAAUGACCAGGCAAAAAACUGUUACAGCUUGGCUGGGAAAUUCUAAUUCAUCCGUCGUAUUCACCAGAUAUUGCACCUGCGUAUUUCCAUUUAUUUCGGUCUUUACAAAAUUCUCUUCAUGGAAAAAAAUGCAAAUUCUCUGGAAGACUGUAAAAGGCACCUGGAACAGUUCUUUGCUCAAAAAGAUAAAAAGUUUUGGGAAGAUGGAAUUAUGAAGUUGCCUGAAAAAUGGCAGAAUGUGAAUAUGUUGUUCAAUAAAGUUCUUGGUGAAAAUGAAAAA